AUGCUCGAAGUGUGUUCAGCUGUGGAGUCCGACUGCCAGUCUGUCGAGCCUGGCUGUCGACGUCACAGCUCGCUUAUCGAUUACCUCGGAACCCCUCGUGCGCGCCCUGAGCCCCAGGCGCCGAACACACAAUCUCAUGAGGUCGACAGCAUGGCUCGCGCAAAGCAGAGCCUUUGCCACAAUGGCGCUCUCCCCAACCUCGAGCCCCUCGCCCGCUUGCGCGCAUACACUCCCCCGCCCACGCAGUACUGUAACUGCCCCUUGUCUCGGCGCGCUGCCGUCCUGAUCCUCCUGUUCCCCGGCCGCCAUGGCGAGCUCAAGGUCGUGCUUACCAUGCGGAGUGCUUCGUUGAGGAACUACGCAGGCCAAGCCGCCCUUCCUGGCGGAAAGGCAGACUCGCUCUCAGAGACACCGUGGGAGACUGCACGGAGAGAGGCGUACGAAGAGAUUGGACUACCAUUGGACAACGAGAAGCUCAAGGGCUUCAACCUCGAGCAUCUCUGCGAACUGCCGGCGAAUCUGGCCAGGACAGAACUCGGCGUGCGGCCAUGCGUGGCAUACCUGUCCCCCACUUCUGCGCCCCCAGACAGCAGCGCCACGUCUUCCAGCGCUGCCGACAGCGAAGUCGAAGACCGCUUGAUCCCCCGUCUCGAUCCCAAGGAGGUAGCCGCCGUCUUCACCGCCCCUUUCCACGCUUUCCUGCGCAAAGACUGGUCAGGCCCGGGCCCAGCGCCCGUCCAGAAGAACGGUAAGCCCGAGAAGUGGUACAGAGGCAGCUGGACAGACUGGCACGAGUCGCGCUGGCGCAUGCACAACUUCUACGUCCCUAAGCCCCCUCCUGCAUCCCAGGAGAUGCGGAGAAACGCCGAGAAGUCGUCACCGCCACCGCAAGCUUCCUCGGAGCACGGGAGCGGACUGCCCGAAGGCGACGACCCGCGCCCUGAGCCGAGUGCGCUGGACGAUUUAACCACAUUCAGGGUGUUUGGCAUGACGGCGCGAAUCAUGGUCGAUGCCGCGCGGGUCGCGUACGGAGAGGAACCUGAGUUUGAGCACAACAGCCACUUUGGGGACGAGGACAUGAUUGGGCGACUGCUGAAGAUGGGGAGGCUGAGUCAGGUGCGGAAGAAGGGGGAGGUGUUGACCAAGGAUGUGCUGAAGCAUGCUAGUAAGAUGUGA